AAAACCAGUUUUAGUAGAAAGUGAAGCGGCCGCUUUAAGAGRAGCGCGUCAACCUGGGGAUGGUGGCCCUGGUCACAUGACAGCAGUGGUCUCCUUUGCGCCUGUUGAUGAUGUCGCCCCGGCGCCUUAAGGAGGGAUUGGCCAAGGCGGGCCUACUAGCCAGGAACGAGGCGGAAGUGCAGGGCACGCCGAGGGGCGGAGGCGGGAGAGGCGAGGACGCAAUGAGUGGGCUCGGCAGACUCUUCGGGAGGGGGAAGAAGGAAAAGGGACCAACCCCUGAAGAAGCAAUACAGAAACUGAAGGAGACUGAGAAGAUACUGAUCAAAAAACAGGAGUUUCUGGAACAGAAGAUUCAGCAGGAGCUACAAACAGCCAAGAAGCAUGGGACCAAGAACAAAAGAGCUGCCCUGCAGGCUUUGCGGAGAAAGAAAAGAUUGGAAAAGCAGCUGGCACAAACCGAUGGAACAUUAUCCACCCUGGAGUUUCAGCGUGAAGCGAUUGARAAUGCCACCACCAAUGCAGAAGUGCUUCGUACUAUGGAGGUUGCUGCCCAAGGCAUGAAAAAAGCCUACCAGGACAUGGACAUUGACAAGGUAGAUGAAUUGAUGGCUGAUAUCACAGAACAACAGGAACUGGCCCAGGAGAUCUCAGAUGCCAUUUCUCGGCCUGUGGGCUUUGGAGAUGACGUGGAUGAGGAUGAAUUAUUGGAAGAGCUAGAGGAACUAGAGCAGGAGAAAUUGGCCCAGGAGUUGUUAAAUGUGGGCAAUGAGGAGGAAGAACCCCCAGUCAAAUUGCCUAGUGUACCUUCUACACAUCUGCCUGCAGGGCCAGCUCCCAAAGAGGAUGAAGAUGAAGAACUAAAACAGUUGGCUGAGUGGGUAUCCUGAGUCUGGGUUUGUCGUCCUCCUGCUGCCUUCAUUGGUCCCUUUUCCUUAAGUGCCAAAUACCAAGCUAAAGAAGCACAGCUUUUUUGGGAGGUCUUGCUGAUGUGGUAGUAUGCCUGUAUGAGAAAGGGACCUGUUGCCCUUCCAUCCCUGGCUGAACGCUGAAGGAUCUUGCUGCAGGGGCCCCUGGGCUCCAUUCUCUUUGAUAGCAGUUACAGUGCCCUUGUUAUCAAUAAAAUUGGGUAGAUGGA